GUGGCUCUGGUGCUUUUCCUUCUUCCAGUUAUCCUUUGUGUCCCUUGCAUCCAAGCAGUGUGGGCCUGCGUGCGCUCCUGCCCCACCAACUGCACGUGUACCCAGGAGCGGAGCUGCUCUGUCCUGUGCGAUCGUGCCGGCCUCGUUCAGAUCCCCAGUGAGUUCCCCUGUGAAGCAUCCUCUAUCAACCUGGAUAAAAACAGCAUUAAAUUGCUCUCAGAGAGAGCUUUCGGCACCCUGCCUUCCCUCAAAUCCCUGUCGCUCAACCACAACAAUAUUUCUUUCAUCACUCCUGGAGCUUUCAAGGGGCUGCCCAGCUUAACCGAGCUUAAAAUGGCCCACAACGAAUACAUCCGCUACCUGCACACUCGGACGUUCACCCCUCUCAAAAGGCUCAUCAAACUGGACCUGGCUGACUGCAAUCUGUUCAACAUCCCAGAUAGGAUUUUUAUAGAUCUCCCAGCCCUGCAGGAGCUCUUCUGUUUUCAGAACAAUUUCAGAAGGAUCCCAGGGGCUAUAAGGGGCAUGGAGAAUUUGACCCACAUUUACUUAGAGAGAAACAGGAUAGAAGCUGUAGCCUAUAAUUCUCUCCAGGGCUUGACCAGGCUGAAGUACCUUAAUCUCCAGGACAACAGAAUAAAUGUCAUUCAUGACCGAGCGUUUCAGGAUUGCCAGAAAAUGGAAUACCUUUACCUGAAUGACAACUUACUUAGUGACUUCCCAGAAAACUCCUUCAGUGGGCUGAGGCAUCUGAAAAUGCUCAGUCUUGGUGGGAAUUUUCUCAGGAAUGUGUCCCACACCUGGUUCCAGGAUCUGGUUGAGCUGGAAAUUCUCCACUUGGACAGAAACAGGAUCAGCUACAUCGAAGAAGGAGCUUUUGAAAACUUAACCAGUCUCGUCUCGCUGCAUUUGAACAGCAACGACCUGAGCACCCUGCCUUUCUCUGUCUUCCAGCCAGUCUAUUUCCUGGGCAGGCUCUAUCUUUUCCGCAACCCUUGGGAGUGUGACUGCAGGCUUGAAUGGCUGAAAGAGUGGAUGGAGAACUACAGACUCGUCAGGGAUAUUCCUUGUGCCUCCCCAUCUUCAGUAGCUGGGAUUGACUUGAUGGAUGUACUUUUUGAUAGGUCACCAGAAGGCUACUGUCUAGACCCAGCGGAGUUAAAUGUCACUUCCUACAGUCCCACCCCAACGCAGGAAUCUCACUCUACCACAGAAAGCAAGUUCAGCAGCCUUAUCUCUAAGCUUCUGCUCCAGGAAGGGCCUCCUGGGGAGGUGUCAAACACCACUGAAGUGUUCACCAACACCACCCAGUUGGAUGGAUUGGCUGAUGGGGUUUCCUCAGGGGUAGGAGGAUACCAUGCUACAUCUAUCACCUGUUUUUUUCAGCUUCUGCCACUCACUGCAGCUCAAGCAGCGAUUGUUCUGCAGGCUAAAUAAUCCCUGAGUCCCUUGGGCACAGUGGUAUGUAGGAAGUCUGUAACAUGUAGCUACUAGAGGAGAGUUUCUGCUGCUGGGUUUGGAUGUGGAUUUGGCCCCACAUCUUCCUCACAGUUCAAGGGCUGCUUGGAUUUGAGGUUUUGGCAUGGGUCUCUCCUGGGGAGCUGUAUAAUUUUCUUGAGGCAAGGUAUUGCUCUUAAAUAUCUGAAAGCCCCAUGUCCACUGUCAGAGUUCAAUAGCAAAGAGUUUGUGCACACAGGCAUCUUUGGACCAGCUGAUUUCCUCUUCUAGCUGUGAAUUGGAAGAGUCUCCUUAUCAAGACAAACCUGAAUCGUUUAUUCACUUAGGACCGUUCCUGGGCUGAAAUUCAGGGCUGAAUUUCCAUUGGCAUUCAUGGAAGUAGGACUGGGCUGUAAAAUAUGAACCUUUUUUGAGGAUCAUUAGGGCCUGAUCCUCUGCUUGUGAUGUGUGACACUGGUGCAGUUCUGCUGACCACAGUGGAGCUACAUAGUGAUGAAAAGUAAACAGCCUGGGAGCCUGUGCUAAAAUCUAUGGCUUAUUAUCCACUUGGAAAUUGCAAUUGGGAAGAAAAUAAUGCUUUUGAUGGGGCCACAAUCAGGAGUUUCUCAUCACUGCUUUAGAUCAGGGCUGUCCAAGUGUUUGCCCAUGGGGUUAAAUUGCAGCAGGUGUUGCCAGCACAGCUGCUGGCAUUGCUCCACUGGUGUGGCUCUAGAAUCCAGAGGGUGAAUGCUGCUGCUGCUUGCCCCCCAAACCCUUUGCUCACUACUGAAUUUGUAGGGUCUUUGGUCUGCAUUAGUGACUGAAACUGGUGGCAGGGGAAGGGGAGGGGAGCAGCAGUGACGUUCACCCUGCUGGGUUCUGGAGCUGUGCUAAUGCAGCGGCUCUGGCAGUUGUGCUGCAAAGCUGGUGCGCUGACGCUGGAGCUGCAAGGAGCUCUGUGGUCCAGAUCUGACAUGCAGGGCCACAUGAGUUGGACACCCCUGACCAGCUCAUGUACAGGAGAUCCAUCCAAAGUUUUCAUGAAGACAGUUUUCUGUCAGAAACUGUCAUUUCAACAAAAUUGAUAUUUUUUGCUAAAUUGUAUUUAGACAUGAGUUCCUGCAAAAAAAGAAGUGUAGCCCAGGUAUACCCAGGGUAUGUACUCCCCUUUCUGAUGAAAGGAGAUUGUCAGUAGGUAGAGGUGCUGUGGGAGAGAACUGCAAGCUAAGUACAGUCUCCCCACUCCCUACAGAGCC